AUGUCUGCUCGAAUCCCAUCGCCGUGGUCACACCAGGAGAGGUCAUUUACCUGCUCCGUGUGCGGGAAGGCGUUCGUUCAGCUGUCCACCCUGGUGACCCACCAGCGGGUUCACACUGGAGAGAAACCAUUCAUCUGCUCAGAAUGUGGGAAGAGCUUCACCCGGCUGUCUACUUUGCAGGCCCACCAGCACAUUCACACUGGGGAGAGGCCAUUCAUCUGCUCAGUGUGUGGGAAGAGCUUCACACAUUCGACCUCCCUGCUGACCCACCAGCACAUUCACACCAGUGAGAGGCCUUUCUUCUCCUCCGUCUGCAGGAAGAGAUUCAUGGAUUCCUCCGCCCUGCAGAUUCGCCAAUGUGUUCACACCAGGGAGAGGCUGUUUACCUGCUCAGUGUGCGGGAAGGCGUUCAGUCGGUCGUCCCAACUGCUGAGACACCUCUCCAGUCACACCGAGUAG